UUGAUGAGUAGAGAACAGUAAAGAUUCUGGUCACUUGAGAAUGUCAGAAGAGGCUUAGCUUAAACCAUUUGUAGCAGUGUAAAGAAAGCUACUUCUAACAGAACCCAUCCAUUUUUGUCCCCACGUUGCCACAAAGUUCUCUCUAUGCUUGAGUUCCACUGAUUCCCAAUCAAUCAAAUCUGAUGUAGAGCUCUCAAUUAUGGGCUUUGUUAGCUCUCAAUUGCCACUUAAUCGAAUUGCUUAAAUUGGCGCAACGACUGCAGAAAUAAUGCAGAACCUGGAGAACCAUGAAGGGUAUUCUUGGAGAUCAUCAGGCCGAGCCGAGGGAUACAUACAGAAUUGCUUAUAUCAUCCAUUUCUUGCUUGGAGCUGGAAAUUUGCUUCCCUGGAAUGCUUUCAUCACGGCCAUCGAUUACUUUGGAAAUCUGUAUCCGAAAAAGAACAUUGAGAAGGUUUUCUCUGUUGCUUACAUGAGUUCCUCAGUACUUGUUCUUGUUGUGGUAAUGAGUUCAGGAGGAUGGAGCAAGAGGCUGAGUUACAGAUUGAGAAUGAACAUGGGAUUUAGCCUGUUUGUUCUCUCUGUCAUGGUGGCUCCGGUUGUCGACUGGGUUUCAAAAGAGAGAUCGACCGGAGCCUAUGCCGUGACAGUGGCAUCAGUAGUCUGCUGUGGUUUGGCUGACGGCUUGAUAGGAGGAAGUUUGAUUGGAUCAGCUGGAAAACUACCAAAACAGUAUAUGCAGGCUGUUUUUGCUGGAACUGCCUCGUCAGGAGUUCUGGUUUCUCUACUGAGGAUCAUAACAAAGGCAUCACUUCCGCGGACGCCACAAGGGCUUCGAACAAGUGCUCACUUCUACUUAAUAAUCACCACAGUGAUCUUGCUAUGCUGCACUCUUUGUUGCAACUUGUUGUACAAGCUACCUGUUAUGCAGCAGCAUUUCAAGGAUCUUGAAGAUGAUUCACCCUACACAAGGCCAAAGUUAUUCGUCGACGUCGCUAGGAAAAUCAAACGGCCAGCGUUUGGGAUUCUGAUGAUUUACAUUGUGACCCUUUCAAUUUUCCCUGGAUUCUUAGCUGAAAACCUUUCAUCAAAGCUACUGCAAGACUGGUAUCCAGUUCUGCUGAUAACAACCUACAAUGUUGCAGAUUUCAUUGGGAAGGCUUUGACAGCACUGUAUGUUGUGAAGAGUAGUAACAGAGCUGUAUGGGCUUGCAUUGCUAGACUUAUGUUUUAUCCAUUCUUUGCAGCAUGUCUCCAUGGACCCAAGUGGUUGGGAACAGAAAUACCAGUUGUUGUUCUGACAUUUAUGCUUGGCCUCACAAAUGGGUAUCUGACAAGUGUUCUCAUGAUCCUCACACCAAAAACAGUGCCUGUUUCAGAAGCAGAGCUGUCUGCAAUUGUUAUGGCUGUGUUUCUGGGAGUAGGAUUGGUUUUAGGCUCAGUUCUUGGCUGGAUUUGGAUCAUAUAAAGCAUAAAAACUAUGUCAAUCUAUUUUCUACAGAUUUAUUAACAAAUAGUUUGUAUCAGCAUAUAUUCCCUCUGUUUUUUUCCUUAUGGUUUUCUUUCUUAUAACAAAGAAGACAUGA